CGAGGCCCCGCCCCCCGCCCACGAGGAAGUGGCCGCGGCGCUGCGCGGGGCCCAGAGCCGGCUCGGCGCGUCGACUGCCCAGAGUCCGCGGCCGGGGCGCCCCGAGGAGCUGAGCCAUGGCUUACCACAGCUUCCUGGUGGAGCCCAUCAGCUGCCAUGCCUGGAAUAAGGAUCGCACCCAGAUCGCCAUCUGCCCCAACAACCACGAGGUGCACAUCUAUGAGAAGAGCGGGGCCAAGUGGACCAAGGUGCAUGAGCUCAAGGAGCACAACGGGCAGGUGACAGGUAUCGACUGGGCCCCUGAGAGUAACCGCAUUGUGACCUGCGGCACAGACCGCAAUGCCUAUGUGUGGACGCUGAAGGGCCGCACGUGGAAGCCCACUCUCGUCAUUCUGCGGAUCAACCGUGCUGCCCGUUGUGUGCGCUGGGCCCCCAAUGAGAACAAGUUUGCUGUGGGCAGUGGCUCCCGUGUCAUCUCCAUCUGUUACUUUGAGCAGGAGAAUGACUGGUGGGUGUGCAAGCACAUCAAGAAGCCCAUCCGCUCUACUGUCCUCAGCCUGGACUGGCAUCCCAACAAUGUGCUCCUGGCUGCUGGUUCCUGUGACUUCAAGUGCAGGAUCUUCUCUGCCUACAUCAAGGAGGUGGAGGAACGACCAGCCCCCACUCCAUGGGGCUCCAAGAUGCCCUUUGGGGAGCUGAUGUUUGAGUCCAGCAGUAGCUGUGGCUGGGUACACGGUGUCUGUUUCUCAGCCAGCGGGAGCCGUGUGGCCUGGGUCAGCCAUGACAGUACCGUGUGCCUGGCUGAUGCCGACAAGAAGAUGGCCGUUGCCACACUGGCCUCUGAAACAUUGCCACUGCUGGCCCUCACCUUCAUCACCGAAAACAGUCUGGUGGCAGCGGGCCAUGACUGCUUUCCAGUGCUGUUUACCUACGAUGGUGCCGCGGGGACACUGAGCUUUGGUGGGCGGCUGGAUGUGCCCAAGCAGAGCUCGCAGCGGGGCUUGACAGCCCGUGAGCGUUUCCAGAACCUGGACAAAAAGGCCAGCUCUGAAGGUGGCGCCGGCGCCGGAGCUGGGCUGGACUCUCUGCACAAGAACAGUGUCAGCCAGAUCUCAGUGCUCAGUGGGGGCAAGGCAAAGUGCUCACAGUUCUGCACAACAGGCAUGGAUGGUGGCAUGAGCAUCUGGGAUGUGAAGAGCUUGGAGUCAGCCCUGAAGGACCUCAAGAUCAAAUGACCUGUGGGGAGUCUGCCCUCAUCCCAACAGCUGGGGAAAAGGGGCCAGGAAGGGCUUGAGAAGGCUUUGCUGAACGCUUCUGGGGUACCAGUAUGGGACACCCCUGGGGACUGCUCCCUUAGAAGGGGGAGGAGCUUUUCUUACCUAUUCAAGGAAUAUGUGCCUUUUUCUUAAAGAAAUGCCACCAAAGCACAAUGCUGGUCAUGAACUGCUUCAGAAAAUGAAGGUAAUAAAAAUGCAAUUGUGGA